ACAAUUCCUCCCACCAAAGAACAACUUAUCUUUACUGCAAUACUUCACAUUUUAGGGAACCUGCAUAGAGAAGAGGAAAACAAAGAGUUUGCUGUGUGAGAAGAUGGGAACUGCAAUAUUCAACUGCUGUUGCUUUUCCUGGAGGAGUCACCAGCAGAUUUUUCCUUCUCGCCAUCUGCCUGCUCGGUGCUCAUCAGAAAGGGGCUCUCUAAAAGCAAAAGGCAUGGUAUAUCGAAGGGAAAGGGGCUGUGUUGAUCAUGAAGAAAGUGAGAAGUCCUGUGAGCUUUUGAAUAGAAGAUCAGCUGUUCUUUCUGGGAUCUCUUUAGUUUCUUCUGCAGUUUUGGAUUUUCCAAGAGAGGGACUGGCAGCUGUGAAACAGGGUCUUCUAGCAGGGAGAAUACCUGGCCUGUCUGAUCCAGAUGAACAAGGUUGGAGAACAUACUGCCGACCGGAUGAGAAAUCUGGAGGGCAUGGGGUUGGAUGGAGUCCCAUUAUCCCUUACGAGUUUUCAGUCCCUCAAGAUUGGGAAGAGGUUCCAGUAUCAAUUGCUGAUCUAGGUGGCACAGAGAUUGAUUUGAGAUUUGCUAGUUCUAAGGAAGGACGCCUGUCUGUUGUCGUUGCUCCUGUUCUCAGAUUUGCAGACAAUCUUGGUACAAAUGCUACAAUAGAAAGAAUUGGACCUCCAGAUAGAGUAAUUAAUGCAUUUGGACCUGAAGUGAUUGGAGAUAAUGUAGAAGGAAAAGUUUUAAGCAUGGAAGUAUCAGAACACUUCGGGAGAACUUACUACCAGUAUGAACUGGAGCCUCCUCAUGUUUUUAUCACUGCAACUGCAGCCGGAAACCGCCUGUAUCUGUUCAACGUUACUGCAAGUGGUAUAGAAACUCACCGUAACCUGCUUCAUAUCAUAGAACAUGAAUCAUUAGCUUCAACUAAAAUUUACACUUUUUGUAGGACUUCAAUGGAAGAGGCACUACAAGGAUUUGAAGAGAAUUUCCGACUCUUUCCGUGUUGUCUAGUUGGAGAAUUUUUUGAAUUAAGAAGCAUGGAAAUAUUACUUACCACAUCAUAAAGUGUUAAAGAUAAAAUAUGUUCUUUUUUUAUUGUACAA